GUAAAUCGGUCAAGGGCGAAGUAGGAAGUGUUCGAAAAUGCUCAUAAUUUAUCCAAAAUAAACACAACAGCAUUGUUUUGUACAAUAUCCGACUAUGUAAUAUAUGAAAGUGAAUAAUGGCAUUCAAACCACCGCAAAGGAGCUUUAUUCGAGUCCUUUAUGACUACCAAUAUACUGAUGACGAUGGGAAUGACAUAGAAAUCAAAGAGAAUGAAGAAGCAAUAUUGGUCAAGAAAACUAAUGAAGACUGGUGGCAUGUCAUACGUCAUGAAGGGGACAAGUUUAAAAAGAUCUAUGUUCCAGCCGCAUAUGUUGAAGAGAUACCAGUGUCUUUUCAAUUUGGUGGAAAAAAGGAUACAGACAAAAAGAAAAAUGAUAAUGACAGUGAAGUUAAAAAGGAAAAUGUUGAACCAAAGGGAGAACCAUUAUAUGAUCAAGUCCCCAAUGAAGAUGGCAAUACUGCAGGAAAUAUGAAUGCAGCACCCAAAAAGACAAAACCAUUACCCAAGUUGCCUAUUGCUAAAAAACCUAGGGAUGGGAGUGGAUCUAUUAAAGACACUAGUACAGUGGAACAGUCAAAGUCAGAGAAAGAGGUGGAUAAAUAUGAACAACCAUCAUACGCUAACCUCGAAGAUAUUAGAGCAACUAUUAAAAAACAAGAUGCAGUGGAUGUAUAUGAGGGACCAGAAUAUGCCAACUUACAAGACAUUCAGGAAUCUAUAAAAGCGAAACCACCCAGUCUACCUGCUCUGCCAAAACCUGGCCAAAAACCUAUUAAAAUAGUUGGAGAGAACUGGGAAUUACAUGAAGACAAAGAGACCAACAGAGCCUUCUAUUAUAAUACAGAGACGAAGGAAACCAGCUGGAAACCACCUAGAAUCACAAAGAAAAGAGAAAGUCCUAAGUCAAUCCGUGCUCCACAACCCCCAACUAGUCCCAAACAUAAUUCGGCGUUGCGACCCUAUGGCUAUAGGAAAGAAGAAUCAGACUCAGGACAAACAUACUUCUUUAAUAUAUACACAAAAGAAAAGUGGUUUAGUUCAUCUACAGAGGAAGGCAGGACCUACUUUUAUAAAGAAAAUAGUCCCGAGUCAGCAUGGGCGCUGCCCGAGGUAGAUCACCAGAGAUCAGACUCACUAGACAGUUCUAUAAAUAAUAUGGAGGAAGUGACCAAAAGAAAAAACAAUACAGGAACCAACGAGCGGGACUCGCGGGUCAAGUCAUUUAUGCCACCUGAGGGCAACAGACUAGCUUUGCACAGUAUAAAUGAAGACAAUCAGGACAAGACUAGUGUAGAUACAAUUCCUUCACCAUUCAUUGACAAACCAUUUUCUCCAGUAGAGCCUUGUUCAAGUGAUUCAGACAGCACCCGUGGCAAAGAAAGUGUCUCCAGUAUAUCCUCUAGCAAUACCAGCAAUUCUAACCCUGGCUCCCCUGUACUGGCAAAGGUUGGCACCCAAUCUGGAACUAGAACUCCGUACAAACGUCACGCCCCUCCUAUUCCACAAGUUCCAAAAGACUUUAUUAUACCAGAAUCUGAUUUAGAUCCAAACUUAAAUGAAACCAAAACUCAAACAGAGGCUUGUCAAUCUCAGAAAGAGGCUGACCAAUCUCAGAAUGAGGCUGAUGGUAAUAUCCAUGCAAGCACUAAUAACAAUGCUGCUGAUACUAAACUAAAAGAGAAUGACAAAAGUUGUGAUGUGCGAUCUGAAAGCAAGCAUGAUGUAGUUAGUUCUUCUGCCAAGGCCCACUUCCAGAUGUAUACAGACAAAAGAGGGAAUUUAAAUAGAACUAAAAUAUUGGAACAUGGAAAGCGUGUAAAGAAGAGCUGGAACUCUUCUUAUGUCGUGCUCAAUGGUAGUAGUCUCGUCUUCUUCAAGGACCAAAAAGCUGCUCAAGGGAGUAAACCAGAAUCAAGUCUUAAUCUUGUAAAUGCCAAAGUAGAGUGGAGUUCAAAGGAUAAAUCUAGUAGGAAGCAUGUCAUACAAGUAUCAACGUCAGACUCAACACAGUAUCUGCUUCAGACUGAUGACCCUAUCAAAAUACAUGACUGGUACAUCACUAUAUGUUAUGCAAUAUCUCAUCUGAAUGAAGAUGUAUUCCCAAGCUACCAAGAUCCUGCAGAAAUGCAAAAGUCGAUAGAUAUAAUAGAAAACAGUACAUCAGAUAAAGAUAAGCCCCCUGACCACAAACCAGAGGCUAAGUUUAAGAGAAAGGCUUCCAAGAAAGAUAGGGAAAGAGAUAAAGUUAAAGAUGAUAGUUCAGGAGGCAGCAUUAAACAAAAUUCACUCCCUGAUGGAGUUGAUCCAUUGCAGUUAAGUUUAGCAGAAAGGAAAAUCAGAAUACGAGAUCGUCUCUUGAACUGGAUCAUGAGACGACCUUCCGUUGAGCAGCUAGAGCUUCAGGGCAUUAUUAGAGAGGGAGUCUUUGGGUCGCAUCUAAGUCAUCUGUGUGAGAAAGAAAAAAAUACAGUUCCCAAUUUUGUGACCAAAUGCAUGGCAGCUAUUGAACAAAUGGGACUGGAUGUUGAUGGGAUAUACAGGGUUAGUGGCAAUUUAGCGCAGGUCCAGAAGUUGCGAUUUCAUAUAGAUCAAAAUGAUGAGUAUGAUUUGAUGGAGGUGGAGCCUGACAUCCAUGUUUUGACUGGAGCCCUCAAGUUGUUCUUCAGGGAGCUGAAGGAGCCUUUGUUUCCAUAUAACUUCUAUGAUAAAUUUGUCACAGCCAUAAAAAUGCCAGAGUGUGCUCAGAAGUUACGCAUCAUCAAGGAUUUAAUUAAAGUAUUACCUAAAUGUAACCAUGACACUAUUAAGGUAUUCUUCCAACAUCUGAACAAGGUGAUAUUGUCAAGUGCUCAGAAUCGUAUGCAGACUCAGAACAUUGCUAUAGUGUUUGGGCCUACGUUACUCAUGCCUGAGACAGAUACGGGAAACUUGGCAGUCAGUAUGGUUUACCAGAACCAGUUGGUAGAGUUUAUUUUAUUGGAAUAUAACAACAUCUUCACGUGACAUGAAGCUUAUACUGGACUAAAAUAUUUUGAAUUAAUCAGCAAUUUCCCACAUCGGUCCAAUUUAAUGUGCAACAUAAGAGUCAGCCCAGAAGCCUGGACCCAAAUGAUCAGGUCCAUCUGAUUUGUCAGUGUUGGAAAAUAGCAUGGUAAUUGAUUCGUUAUUCAAGUCGUAAUACAGAAUACAUAUCCAAUGAUCCAGUGCAAAAUUGAAGCGGAUAAGACUGGGUGAAAGUCCAGGAUGUAGAACUGAUUAGUAGGACUCAUCUGCACACACCCAUGGAAGGAGAUAUCCACAGCCAUCUUUUAGCGCAGUUGCCUGAUCAGUUAUGAUGGUCUUGACUCAUUGGUUAGCUGUUUUUUAGUCAACCAAUAGCCCAACCCAUGAUCUAAGGAAUAUUAGCCCAGUCUUUAUCUGACCAUAUUAUGGGCAACACAUCUACCCAAUUUAACUAACUCCAGUGAAUGUGAUUCCUCAUCUUCCAGAAACACUUCCUGUGUUCUAUAAGAGUUAUAACAUUCACAACUCUACUGACCAUGUGUUCCUAUACAUAUUCUGAGUACCAUAUAUCAAGAGCAUCAUACAGAUUUCUGUCCAAUACAAAUUAGUAAAUUUUAGCAAAACAAUGGAGUCGAUUUACUUCACAAUUCUUCAUGGAAAAAAUCAGUUAAUUUAAACUUAACCAGUGCUCAAAUGUUUGGAUCAUUUUCAUCUUACUAAAUAGUAGCAUCUUAUUCUAAUGCAUUC